CCCGCCACACCCCACAGCCACACCUACACCCACACCCCACACCUACACCCACACCCACACCCACACCCUUUUUCGGAUAAAAGUUUAUUUUUUUAAGUACAAAUCAAAUCACGUUGGAACUUAUAAAUAAGUCAGUAACAAGAUAUUUUUUGUUAACAAUCAAAAUAGAAUAAUUCUUAAUAAUUGUCUACUGUUGGGACCUUUAUCAAUAAGUUAUGAAAAACACAUAAAAAAUAUACGAAAAAAAUGUUCAAGUAUGUUUUAAUAUUAUUGUCAUAACAUUAUUGAAGUCAUAUUUUCGACAAAAUAUAGUUUUGAUUAGUUCAGUCUAUUAAAAAUUACUUUCUUCUUUUUGUUUUUGAAUUAAAUAAAAAUGUAUGGUCAUUUUCUAAUUAUAUUUUGCCACAAAAACUUUGAUGAUGACAGGCGUUUGCAGUUUUAUUUAGUUCUACUGAUAAUUGAUUUUCUCCUUGUUCAAAACAAACACUCAAUAUCAAAAUAAUGUUACAUUGAUAUGUUAAUCCUCUUAUGGUAUUUAAGCCAUAAAAAUAUUUAUUUGAAGAAAAACAAAAUUAAGUCAACAUUCUGUGACAUUUCUACGAAGUAAAAAUCAAGUAAAUCGAACCUUUUCAUAUUCACACCUUCAUUGAGUACGCAUUAACAAAAAAAUGUUUUCUUAUCUUUUUUACCAACUACUUUUGACCAUUAUCAUGGCUAUAACAGUCAUGUCUGAAGAUAAUCAAGGUACGUAAAUAAUUACAUUCUGAUUUUAUUUCAAAAUUUAUUCAUUUAACAGAAUUCAAUACUUCGAGGUGAGAUGAGAAUUCAAUGAGAUAAAUUUUUAGCUAUUUCUUAAAUAGAUCGUUUUCAUUUUAUAAAAAGAUCGUUAUCGGAAACUUAACAUAAAUUUAGAUAAUCCCAAAUGGAAUGGUACUUGGUACGGUUCACUUACAAACUACCCAACGAGACCUGAAUCUUCUCCUAUGGAUGUUUUAAUGGAAAUAGGACCUCAUCCAACCAGUGACAAUACUUGUGGAAUGUGGCGUAAUACGUAUACACAAAAUGGGCAGGUUCAACAAGUAAAAGACUAUCGUUUGUGUCGUGGUCAAGGUGCUGACGAUCUUUUUUUUGAUGAAGGUAAUGGUAUUACACUUGAUGCACGAUGGAUUGGUGAUGUACUCGUUACACCAUUCAAAUAUGAUAAUACACUUUUGGUCUCUUGUACACGAUUGAUUGGAGAUAUUCUUCAAGAAGAAAUACUAAUAAUUGAUGAUAAACCUGCUAUAAAAGGACCACUAUCAAUGCGCGCACGUUCUAUUCAACGCCUUGACGUGAAGCGUGUUAAAUCAUGA